GCAUGUGGAGAGCGUGUGACAGCUACACAACAGUUCUUCCGGCUUCAGUGCACUUCAGUCAUGUCCGCGAUACGCAGUUCUGUGUUUAUGAAAGUAUUUGAUAACACUGGAGGAUUCUUGGAACACUAAAGACUUUUUUUUUAAAUACAUACGCGUAAUAUGUAGUGGCCUUGGUCAGCUUCAGGUACAGUUAAUAAAGUAUUGAAAUAGAUGACGAUGACAGAGUUAGUGACAGAUGCGCUACCGGCGCAGAAAAACAUUCCCAGGAUAAAUGAUGACUCGAGUAUCGAUAUGGAGGUGCUAAAAAACGUCGAGAAAGACUUGGAAGAUUACGAGAAGUUGAGUCUUCUCUUCUUGAUUCUAGACGAUUUUCAUUGUUUUAAAGAGGUUUAUGAAGCAUUCUGCGGGCAGAAUGUGGAGAAAAUUCUCUCUAGGUUUGUUGGGAAGAUCAACUACUGGCAGACGAAGUUCUUUGAGGGUCUCUGCAUCACAAAGGCAAAAAAAGAAAUCAGAAUGCUGGGGAAAAGCUACGAAGAAUUGGAGAGGAUCUACGUGCCCCAGGCCAUGACAACUGAUCCUACGAUUCCGAGCGGGCCUCGAGUUCAUCCGGGGGCAAGACUUCUGUUCGAAUUAUUCGAUAAUGUUCUCAAUGACGAGCAGAGGGAAUCGCUGUUGAGGAAAAUUUAUGGGGAGAUUCGGCCCCCUGAGUUGAAGAAUGAUGAUCCUAUGGAGAUUCAUGCUCUUUAUUGGAUGAGAGAGGGAUUUAUCAGUCUGUCUUCAGACGGUCGUGGGAACGUCCAGAACCUUUUGAAGCCCCUGAAGUCCCUGGGCCUCUCGGACCACCCCACCUACCUCGACCUCCAGAAAUACUCCGAGAAGGCUCCCCUGAAGGCCCCCACCCCCCCACAUCACGCAUCGACUCCGAACCAUCACAACCAGCCCCCAGUCUCCAAUUUGAUCAAAUCUGCAUACGUUAUCAUUCUAAAUGUCAUCACAGUCUCUGACAGCGACUACGAGGAUAGAACCAGCAGCAACGUCGACGUCUCCAGGCUCGACAGCACCUUCCGAGGGCUGGGGUACACCGUCAACAUCUUCAACGACCCCACAAGCCCCCAGAUCAAGGGAAUAUUAAACGAUUUAAAGACAAACUUCGACAGGAGAAAACACGAUGGCCUGAUUGUCUGCAUUCUGAGUCACGGAGUCGAGGGGCACUUCGUGUCCCACGACGGCGUCGAGGUGCCCCUGUCCUCGAUAGAAAAAUCCGUUUGCGUACCCCAGCUCCAGAUGGUUCCCAAAAUCGUCAUGGUCCAGGCCUGCCAGGGGAACAAAAUAGGACGCGCCAUCAGGAACGAUCUUGUGGCCGAUGGACCCCCUGGGAAUGCGGGCGAGAGGUGCGUCAACACUCUAGAUCACGAUCGGUUCCUCCAGUUCUCCUCGACGAUGAGAGAGUGCAAGGCCAUUCGCCACAAGGAGACAGGGUCGUGGUUCAUCAAUGCUGUCUGUGAUGUGUUCUGCGAGCCCAGGGGGCAGGACUCCCCUCUCUCCGUCUACAAGUGGACACAGAGGGUGCAGUAUCUCGUCAAGAUGAACGAGGGGGAGUUGGAGAAGGGGCUCAUGGCCACGCAACUGCCAGAGGUGACGUACCUCAGGUUCACUGAGGACUUUUAUUUCCCGGUCUAUCGAGGGGGCAGCUAGGGGCGGGGAACCGAGGGGUUGGGGGGUUUAAGGGGUGGGGUGUGGACUUUUUUUGAAUUCUUGAUGUCUUUGGAUUUAAGCCCCCGAUGGAUUAUUUUUCGAAUGUUAUCUCGAUUGAUUCUCCAUCCUCACAAUCUAAAAUAGGGGAGGGUGGGGUAAAAUGGACACUUCCCUUUUU